AUGACCAAAACAACAACACAUCCUCUUUCUGUUGUAGCAUUGUACUUCCUCUUCUCAAGCUCCUUGUUCCAUUCAACCUUGGCCAAAUCAGCCACCUACAAUGUAGUAGCAUUUGGAGCCAAGCCAGAUGGCACAACCGAUUCUAGUAACGCAUUGGUGAGUGCAUGGAAGAAAGCUUGUGGAUCAGCAAAACCCGCUAGCAUUCUCGUGCCACGAGGGAAGUUUUUGGUGGGAAGAGCCGUUACGUUCAGUGGAAAAUGUGGUAACAAAGCUAUCUCCAUAACCAUUCGUGGCACCUUGGUGGCUCCUUCUGAAUACAACUUCAUUGGAAACUCCUUGCACUGGUUCAUGUUUGAUCGUGUUAGUGGGGUUUCCAUCCAUGGUGGGGUGCUUGAUGCUCGUGGCACUUCCUUGUGGCAUUGCAAGAACUCACCAACCAAUGUUCAUUGCCCUAGUGGAGCCGCUACACUUGGAUUCAUAAACUCAGACAACAUUCUCAUUACUGGAUUGACUUCUCUUCAUAGUCAAAUGUUCCAUGUAACCAUCAAUGGAUGCCACAACGUCAAAUUGCAUGGACUGAAGGCCAUAGCUGCUAGAAACAGCCCAAACACUGACGGCAUCCACGUCCAAUUCUCCAACGAUGUCACCAUCAUCAAACCUAGUAUUCAUACCGGAGACGAUUGCAUCUCUAUUGGUCCUGGCACUAGGAACUUGUGGAUUGAAGAUGCUACAUGUGGACCUGGUCAUGGAAUAAGCAUUGGAAGCUUAGGAUGGGACAUGAACGAACCUGGUGUGAAAAAUGUGACAGUUAGAAAGACUACAUUCAUUAAGACACAAAAUGGUUUUAGAAUAAAGUCUUGGGGGAGGCCCAGCAGAGGAUUUGUGAAAGAUGUACAUUUUGAAGGUGCAACCAUGAUUGAUGUUCAAAAUCCCAUUCUAAUAGACCAAAGUUACUGCCCUCACAAUAUCUGCCCUAGUCAUGCCUCUGGGGUGAAAAUCAGUGAUGUUUCAUACAGAGGCAUUCAUGGAACAUCUGCCACAAGUGUUGCUGUGAAUUUUGAUUGCAGUUCUAAGGAGCCAUGUGAAAGGAUAACGUUGGAGGAUGUGAAGCUCAGUUACAAGAACAAAGCUUCCCAAGCUUUGUGUAAUCAUGCUGAUGGAACUGCACUGGGUAUAGUUCAACCACAUAGUUGCUUGUAAUCCAAAUAUUAUGCUCUCCAUACAAAAUUAUAUCAUCCACUAAAAUUAACAUAUAUAGAAAAAUGCUUGUAGCAUUCUCUUUAGUCUUUGAUAUUUUUUUAUUAUUGAC